AUGCAGACGCUAAAUACUGGAUCCCUGUUUUAUGCCACUUUAAAUUCCUUGGCAUACUUUUACAUGGUUUGUUCUUGGGGAGGGUACACCUUUAUUAUCAAUCUGAUUCCAAUGCAUGUGCUUUUGUGUAUUGUGACUGGUCGCUAUUCAAGUCGCCUCUACAUUGCUUAUGCGCCUCUUGUCGUCCUGGGAACUUUGUUGGCUGCAUUGGUGCCUGUGGUUGGAUUUAAUGCAGUCAUGACAUCUGAACAUUUUGCGUCAUUUUUGGUUUUCAUUGUUAUCCAUGUUGUGGCUCUUGUAUAUUAUAUCAAAGGGAUUCUCUCUCCCAGAAUGUUUAAAGUAGCUGGAACGCUUGUUCUAUCUGUUGGCCUGAUAGUGUGUCUUGCUGUAAUAGCAGUUCUUAUAGCACUGGUGGCUUCAAGUCCUACAAAGGGAUGGAGUGGACGGAGUUUGAGUCUUCUUGAUCCGACAUAUGCAAGCAAAUACAUACCAAUUAUUGCUAGUGUCAGUGAACAUCAACCCCCUACUUGGCCUUCCUACUUUAUGGACAUCAAUGCUUUGGCAUUCUUGGUUCCAGCUGGCAUAAUUGCUUGCUUUUUGCCCCUAUCUGAUGCAAGUUCCUUUAUGGUGCUCUAUAUUGUUACAUCUGUUUAUUUCUCCGGAGUCAUGGUGCGCCUUAUGCUUGUGCUUGCUCCGGCAGCAUGCAUAAUGUCUGGGAUAGCUCUCUCUCAAGCAUUUGAAGUAUUUACAGGAUCGAUCAAAUUUCAGCUACCUGGAGUUUCUGGGAAUUCUGAAGUUGAUGCAGGGGAUAAGACUCCUGCUACUGUUAUAGCAGAAAAUGAUGUGAAGACUGAUAGAAGUGAAGAAACAUUGAAGGACCGUCCAUCAAGGAAGGGCAAGAAGAAGGAGAAGGAGCCUGUAGAAAAACCUUCUACCAAGUCCAGAAUAGAAAAGAGACUUCUAGUUUUGCCUUUAGACGCAUCAGUGAUUUCUCUUCUUCUUCUUAUAAUAUUGGGUUCCUUCUAUGUGGUUCAUUGUGUAUGGGCAGCAGCAGAAGCAUAUUCAGCCCCAUCCAUAGUUUUAACAUCUCACUCACAUGAUGGUCUGCAUGUUUUUGAUGAUUUCAGAGAGGCUUAUGCAUGGUUACGCCAUAACACUGAGGUGGAUGAUAAAGUUGCAUCGUGGUGGGAUUAUGGUUAUCAGACCGUUUUCACAACUCACCAUUGGAUGGUACGGAUAUAUAAGCUAAAGCCUCAGAAAAACAGGAUACGUGGGAGGGCAAAGAAGUCAAAAUCAAAAGCGAGUUCAGCAGCUAGUUCAAAAAGAAGUGUAGUGAAAAAGAACCCGUGGCACUAGAACAAUCUAAUUUUUGUAGGUUGAUGUUUCAGGUCAGUAAUUUGUAAUCGAACUAUAAGGAUAGAACAGGCAUUGCUGGUCCAUCAUUCACAGGAACACAAAUGACACCCCAAAGAUUUUGUAGCUUUUUUCUCUAACCUUUAUAGUUCUCCCUGAAUUAUUAUUUUAGGCACAUUUCAUUUGAAGGAAAGAAGCUGCUAAUCAAUUUUAGAUCAUUUCAUUCUGACUCGGCAUUAUGGCAAAAGUAAUGUCAAGAGGCAGACUGCUAGGCUGCUGGCCUAGUUAGACAAGACGAUUAAUUUGGUUUGUCUCUUUUUGAGUUUCUUUUCUGUUAAUUAUAACUUGUUUCA